GUAGUUGAAGAUGCCUACAAGUUGGGCCUAUGUUUCUUUGUUGAGGGGGUUUUACUUGCACGAGAGGGCAAGUUAAAUGUCUGGAUAGAUUCGCUGAAGAUGGUGGAGAACACUGAGUACUUCUUUACUUACCCAUGGGGGAAGGUGUCUUUUAACAAGCUUAUGGAUUCAUGUAAGAAAGACAUGCAUCAUCAGAAAAGGAACUAUGAGAAGAAAAAGGAAGUUAAGGGGAAACAGAAAGAAGCAAAAUACAGUUUGUAUGGUUAUGUCCCUUCAUUGCAGUAUUGGGCAUAUGAAGCCAUCCAGCAGUUUGCACGUGAGUAUGGUAUUAACCAUGGAAACCAGUUUCCGAGGAUGCUUAGUUGGUCGAGCAAUAAGGAGCGUCCUAUUUCGAAGGCCGACCUUGCACCGAUGUUCAAGAAGACGAGUUUGAUUGUGUUGUCCAUGUUGAAGCCCCGGUCUUCGGAGAUAGAUUAUUAUAGCGCUCUGACGGAGGGUGAUGCUCCCUUGUAUCCCGGGUUGGGCCAAGAAGAAGAGGUAGAAACUCCCACUGAUUUUGAGAAGGUGGCGGAGAUAGCUGCUGAGGUUGCGAAGGCAGCAAAUAUUUUUGUUGAUGGCCCUGAUGAUGAGGAUACCCCAGUCCCCAUCGACCCCACACCCUCGCAUAUUGAUGCGGCCAUGCAUAUGCUACGUAGGCGUCGACAGUUCUAUCCCGGGGCGUAUCGGCAAGAUGGUGUUGUGAUGAAUAUUAUGUUCUGA